CAAAACAAAUCAUUUAUUACUUAAGAAAGAGACUGAAUUGGUCCUAUUCAGUGUGUUUACUUACUUUCCUAUCGAAUUUGUUUCAACUGAAAGUGUUGCCGUGCGAAGAAUGAGAAAGUUAUAAAAUUCCGGGUCAGAGAUUAUGUUUAGCAAUUUUCAACAUGGCCGUCUCCUAAAAGAAGUGCAAGAUGUAGGGAAGAAUGGUGGAAGGGGAGGACAAGUUGCGACCAACCAUGUCGGCCUUGGCCAUACUUUCUUGUCGACCAAAUUCGCACCCAUUCCAGGAAAGGCACAUAUCUUUGCAUGAAGCCAUCAAGAUAGGCCGGUCAGUGGCCCGGGCUCGACCUGCUGCCAAUAAUGGAAUAUUUGAUUGUAAAGUACUUUCCAGACAUCAUGCAUUGCUGUUUUAUGAAAAUGGAAAGUUUUACUUACAAGACACUAAGAGCAGCAAUGGCACCUUCAUCAACAACCAGAGGCUGUGUAAGGGAGGGGAAGAGUCGCCCGCCAGGGAAAUCUUUUCCGGGGAUCUCAUACAGUUCGGGGUUGAGGUCAUGGAAAACAACCGGAGAGGAGAGAAAAUCACCCACGGUUGUAUCGUGGCCACCAUUGUACUCUACCAUCCAGAUGGGAGGGAGGCCAAGCCAGCUCCGUUCCUGAACGCCCCUUGUCCACCAGGCAUUACCAUCCAGUCCCAGGACCUCUAUCAGCUGGCUCAGUACUUGCAGGAAGCCUUGCAUAGGGAAAAGAUGUUGGAACAAAAACUGUCAACCCUCCAACAACUUGUUGCCAGUACGCAGGACUCUUCAGAGAGUGGUUGGCAGGCUCUCAUAGAUGAAGAUAAACUUUUAUCCAGGUUAGAAGUUCUGGAAACCCAGCUUCACACAUACUCAAAAAAUCACUCAGAGGACACCCUCAGGCAAGAGCUGGACGCUCUGCAGGAGGAAAAACUGAAUUAUGAAACUACUGCUAAGGAAUCAUUGAGACGGGUUUUACAAGAAAAAUUAGAGGCUGUGACCAAGUUGUCCGACUUGGAGCGGUCUCUGGGCAACACUGAGUCAGAAUGCAGCCAUCUGAAGGACAUGUGUGAGAAGUCCCAGGAUGAGCUGAGGCAGCUUGCGGAGAAGUAUCAGGACCAGCUCAAGGAAGUCCAGGAGCUGCAGGACAAACUCAAGGAUGCUGAAGAGAAGCAUAAAGAGGAGUGUGAGCGGUCCGAGCAGGAGAAGCAGGAGCUGACGGCCAAGAUAGAGGAGAUGAUGACGCAGGAGAGCAUCCUGUCUGCCAAGGUGGAAUCCCUACAAGCUGAUAAUGACUUUGCUAAGGAACAGUUAGCAGCCAUGAAAGCCAAAUUUGAAUCAAUCAAAGAAAUCAACGAAGAUGAUCAUGAAAAGAUUGUUGCAGAGUUAGACUCUAUAGGUUCCCCACAAGCUCAUAUAAUCCCACUCAGUCCCAAGGAUGACAGUGGCCCUGAAAAUCUACCAGAGAAACUACGGGAAACUCAGCAACAGCUUGAGAAAUACAAAGCCCAACUUGAAGAAAACGAUGUCAAGUUAAAAGAAAGCAGCGAUAAGGUUGAACAGUUAGCAAAGGAACUGGAGAUGGCCAAGUUGGAUUCAAAGCAAUACCUGGCUAAAAUGGCCUCCCUUGAAGAAAAACUAAAGCUGUCUGAUACACAUAUGAACCAAAUGAUGGAAAAUGCCUUGGCAGAUUUGAAACUGCAACUUAAAGAAUCUCGACAACAGUGUGAUAGUAGCAACAGUUUGAUACAGUCGCUUGAGGCUCAAAUUGAGCAGCUAGAGUCUGAACUCUCCGUGUACAAGAUCCCCCAGUCCGAGAAGGCCGAGACGACAUUGUUAGCGCAUGCUAGUAAUGUAGAUGAGGAUGACGAAACCACCAUCAAUGGUGUCCACAACCACCUCUCAUCCUCAUCUCUAUCAUCAAGUGUGAGUGACCUCUCGGAUGAUGAUGACUGGAAAGCACUGUUGGAAGAAGCUCGGGAGGCACAGAGAAGGGCAGAGCUGGAACUCAGGAAAACACGAGAUGAGCUUGAGCUCAGCAAGGCAAGGGUGAAGAAAAACAGUGAUGAGACACUAGCAGUACGGGGCCAGUUGUUGGAGGCACAGAGACAAGCCAAGGACAGUCAAGACACAGUGACAGAUCUUCAGGACCAAUUACGAAAAGCCGAAACAGCAACUAAAGACGUCAAACAACAAAUAUUAGAUCUAAGGGAUCGCCUGUUGGACGAGCAAGAACUCACUCGAUCAAAUCAUGUGGAGGCUGAUAAUCUGAAGCAAAAUCUUGAAAGUGAGAGAAGUAGCCAUAAGGAGACUAAGACUGGUCUUCACAGUACAAAAAGGCAGCUACAAGAAGCUCAACAGAACGCCAAACAAAGUCACAACGAGGCUGAACAACUCCGAAACAAGCUUAAGCACCUCCAGGAGGAGUUAGAGCCGGAGAAAAAAGACAAACGAGAUUCUCACGGAUCCAAAAAUACCCGCAGCGAUUCAUUUUCCAGUCGUCAGUCUGCUCGCACCAGAGCAGAAUUCAUGGCGUUGAAGGAAGAGUGUGCCAACCUGAGGAAGAGGAUACAAGCAAUAGAGGCUGAGAUGAAAAUGUCUCGGCGAGAAAAUCUCCAACUCUCCUCAGAGUACAAUAAACUUCAAGAAUCCUACAAGAAUCUGGAAGCACUGAAGGAGAAAUUGGAGUCCAGUGAGUCGGCCUACAGGCUCAACUUGACGGACGCUCAGAAAGAUGCAGAACAGAGCAAACAGGAGGUGAGGCCUGGUCAGACGACAGCAGCAGCAUCAGGCAGCGCCGCCGCUACGUGCACACCUCAUGUAAACGGGACCCAGUUGAGGACCAAGUGUGACGAAUAUGUGGCUGAGAUCGACCAUCUCAAGAAAGAGAUGGAUGGCGUGCUAGAAGAAUAUCGACAACUAGCGGACAAGAGCAAAGUGCUGUCCUUCUGUUCCAGUAUACCUCUUCUCAUGCUCCUGUUUGCCUUCCUCGUGGCGCUCUACCCUACACUGGCUGAGCUCACCGCCACCACAUCAUAAUACAUACAUACCACAUCCUAGCUACUUAGCUGUGAACAUCAUCUGGUGCUCUCUCCCACUCAGGCAGACACCCAUCCACCAGCCCCACCGUCUACAAGGUAGGGUGGGGCCACCACGCACGGGACGGUCAUGGUGGCAGAGGCUGGUGUGAGGAACGGUGUAAGGAGGAGGAGGAGUCGGACUCCUCGUGGGUGGUUCUCCACAGCUGGGGAUGGAGGUGGUGGCGUGAUAGCUGCAUGCUGGGACGUCUCGGUCAGUGUCAUGCUCUAUCAGAACCGAAGCCAUUGUGAUACUUGUACAGAUCUUCUGCAUGGCUCUCUCUCAUCUGCAACCACCUUCAUGAGCACUGGUUUUCUACAGGUUGUUGACUGUGUUGUGGAGACCAUACAUCUGAAGAGACAGACAUGGAACAUGGUCUCCUUCACAGAUGUCAGCCUUCACCGAUAGAGUUCUACAGGACACGAUUCAAAGACGCACAUUAGCUGCUUUUGGAUUCAACACAUCAUAGGAAUCAAAACAUACUUAGCUUGUUUGAAAGUUUAAAUUCAAGUUUGUUAUGAUUAAGAUUAAGUUACAGAAGCACCAUUUCUAUGUCUCUAUAUUGAUCUUCUAACCUGUAGACACUGUCCUGUCCUGUCCUUUACUUUAGAAACAGCAUCUGGAUGGUAUCCAGUAGUUUCCCAUCGUGCCCAUCUCUUCCCCUACUGCAGCCACCCAACACUUGCGCAUCUGUGUGCAUGCUUGUUACAUGAUCUGUCAUCACGCCUCAUUGUGUAUAUAUUGACACGUGCACAGAGUUUUGUGGUAUGGUGUGAAAGUUGAUGAUAUGAUUCAUGCCACAAGCUCCACCUGUUGGUGUGUCUGGUACUAGUGAUUCAUAAAGGACAGUACAGUGUCUAGACAUCGUCUGUCUGAUAGGUUCCUGUUGUUGCAGCAGUCCUUUGGCUGAAGGGACCAACCAUUUUGUAGACAAAACUGGGGCUUUUUUCCCCAAAAUGUUUUGGUCCGAAAAAUAGUUUUCCUCAUCUUUCAACAAAUGUUCAGCUGGAAAAAAAAUGCUGGUUAAAAAUGUUUUUUCUUUUUGCUUGAAACUUAAUUUAUUGAAAGAAUUACCAAAUGCUUAUUGUCUUAAAUCAGAGUCAUUCCUACUACUACUAAGAUCAAUGGUUGGUCCUUAAGGCUGAUAGAAGGGUCCAUCCAAAUCUGGGUCCAAAUCAGAAGUCCUGCCUUAUUCAUACACCAUCCACAUCUUCAGAUGUCAUAAGUUCCAAGUGAUUCCUAUGAAGAUCAAGUGUAGACUUGGGCCAGUUGUCUUCGUAUCGAUGACAACUGGCAAGAAAAACCCUCUUUGUCUUCUGAAGUGUGUUUGUUAAUCAUGAUACGUUAUCAGUGACAAAGGGCAGAGGACUGCUGGAUGAAGCAUGAACUGGACAGACAGCAGCUUGUGUAGGGCAUCAUCAGUGUAGUCCCUGCAGGGCUGGUCUAUCUCAGGAGUAUACUGUGUCAUGAAGACCAAGGGAAGUCAUGUAGAUACUUCAUGCUGUUGAUAGUUUAGUCCAGAUAUAGAGUGCUUAUAAAUUGUUAUGCUUUGUUUUCCUUUUGAAAGUGCUGCAUAAUGGUGUUGAGGCCUGAUUUUCACACCGAUUUUGAGGAUAAAACUUGAAAUAUGUUAAUCAUGUCUAUGAAUAUUGUGAAUUUAUGAAAAAUUGUUUCUUUCUAAAUUCUGUAUCUUGUGCCCUGUAUUAACAGUUGGCUUUUAAGAUGAAAAAUUAAAAUGAUAAAGUUAUAGAUUUUCUUUUAUGAACAUCUUCCUUGAGCAGAUAACAUUACAUUGAAACAAAAUUUAGGAAUUUAAAAAUCUUGUGAAAAUCAGGUCUAAAUAGUCCAGAAAGUUAGUAGUUACAAUUACUGCAUAUUUCUCAUAUACAAUAUACUUAUAUUUGAAUAUACAACAUACCAUGGGUGCCAGAACAGUAUGUACAGAAAUACAAACAGUGUAUAUAGGUGUACAUUUGUUUCUUACUUGAACGACUAUUUGUAUGACACGGAAAGCUAUUUAAGUGUAGGUGUAGCUCUGAUUGGAGAUGUAUAUUUAGACCUAAACGUGUAACAUUUGUAAAUAUGUAGAAAAUGGUAGAAGGGCAUCAUGAGAUGCAGUGGCUACCAUAACCAUUAACAAGGACCAUGGACAUUGUGGAAUUUUUUUAUUUAAUUCGUUUCUUAAUUUAUAUUCUCAUGCUUUGUUACUUGUACCAAUAUAACUUUGUUGCUGUACAAACAAGCAUAAGAAAUGAUCUACUACAUUAAUAUGAAAGAAGCAUCUCAAACCUCUUUUUGAAAUUGAUUUUUAUCAUUUAUUUAAAUAUGAUUCAAUCUGUUGAAAUAUCACCAUAUUCUUCAGUGAAUGAAUCAUGCAUCUGUAUUCAUAUCUACAUAUCCAUGAAGCAUCUCUGACUUUAUGUUACUGACAGUGGUAAGUGAUGUCUCUCUCACUGUGAUGACAGUUUUCAGUCCUGACUGUGAGUACUCUUGUUUCAAGUUUGAGGAACUAUCGAAAAAGAAUUUCAGUUUUUACUUUACUUUUUGGAAAGAGUCUAGUUGUUGACAUAUAAUUUCUGGGCAACUAUUAUUAUUUUGACCUCAAUUUUUCUAACUAUGAAGUUAUAGUGUUUGGAAUAUCACGUGAUCAUUUGGAGAAGACAAGAGGUACAUACUUUUACAUAAGAUUCUAAGGCUGUUUUUUGGUCUCUUCAUGCUGAUUGCCCAUCUGCAUCUCUUCUUAACCAUUGCCCACCAAUCCACACUUUUUCAAUGAUUACAGACUAACUGAUGCAUAUAUCCAAGUUCAUUCUUAUACCAUAAUUAGAAACACUCCAUCCCGGUAAUGCUUUAACAUUGGAGUUACAUGUUUAAAGAAAAGUGAAUCUGUUACAUGGUAUUGUCUUUGCUUAUAACUUAAAAUAUCUCAACUUGUAAAAACCAGUUAAGUUGCUAUAUGUUUGGAUGUUGACCGCGAAAUGUAGAAGAAUCCCAGAAUAUUGAGAAAGGUAAAAGAUAGAUGUUAAUAACAUAAAUUUGGUUGUUUCUGCCUCAUGGUGGUGUUAUCUGAUGCUGAAUUUCAAUGGUUCAUUUCAUACUGUUCAUGCAUGCAUCGCUAGAGUAAGUGUAUUGAGUGUUUCACUGUUUUGAAGAUGUAAAACUUCCUUGAAGAAAAACAAAUAACGUGAAAAAUAAUAAAAUAUAAAUGGUCUAUUUUCUGAACUUUAUUUGAAUUAAAGUUAUUUUUUAAAAAUAAAUAACAAAAAUAACUUUGCAAAAAACUAACAGACAAUAGAGAAAAUAACAAAAAUAAGAUGAAUUAUAUUCUAUGGACCAGUAGGAUAGACCUGAGUGUGCUUACAUGACUGUUUUGAAAUGUCAGUGUUUAGUAUAGAACACACUGGGGCUAGAAUACAACCCUGCCACACACCCUCCUCCCUCCAGUUUUGUCCCUGUUGUGAUGUUGGAGUGGGGUUUUGAGUAUCGAGUUGUGUAUGCUUGUAGUUAAAUGGAGUGGGGGAGGAGGGGGCUCCUUGUAACAGUUGUGGCAUGCAACAACAUUUACCUCAAGCCUCCUCAAUGCUUCGCUCAAAUGACCCGAUCAGAUUAUCCAAGAACUGCUGUUUGCUGCUCCUGUUAGUGUCUCUGUUAAAACUGCCUCAUUUUUGCAGGUGCACCUUUCAGUCUGUAUUACGCGUUUCUUUGAUAAGGUUAUUCAUUUCUUUAUUGUCAUUUACAAUAUUUUUCUGUCAUUUAUAAUAUUUUUCUGUCAUUUAUUUGAAGGAAGCAUUUGGGGCUUUGUUGGUGUCAUUUUCAUUUGCAUGUUUACAUGUAAAUCCACAGUAUAACUUCCUUACAUUGUACCGUUUAAAAAUACACUGACAACUUCACUCUCCAGUGUAGUCUGUCUUCUGAAAGAAGAUGAAGAUCAGCACAAGGGUGAGUUAACUUCAACUGUUUUACGAGGUCACAGUGAUCUGUUUUCAUCUGCAGCAAGAACUCUUCCUUGCCGUGUCUUCAUGUGUACAUUUUUCCCAUGGUCACGGUUUUCUUCUUUCUGCUACAACACAAACAUGUCAGAGACGAGUGUACCACAUCCGCCAUGAGAUUACAAAAAUCACUGCAGCGUUGAUAUUUUGUAUGGAUUGAGUUUCAUGUCUGUCCAAGCCCUUCUGUUACCAUAUGAAAACUGGAACUUGAAGGGUAUAUUAAUGAUCAAAUACGGUCUUUGAAUAAAAAGUUGUUUAAAUACCUA